UUCAACCGCGGAAAACUAACGAUAUGAGUCUGGUUUGUUGGAGAGGCGCUGCAGCAGCGCGAUGAGUUUUUUGGCCGGGCGUUUGGCCGCCACCGAGGGGGCUUAUUUCCUCCACGAGUCGAAGAACGCCGUCGGGCGUCUCGCCCAGAAGCUUCCGCCGCCGCCGCCGCCCUCAGCUUCCGCCGAUGGCGUUAAGGCCUUGACGGAUGACGCCGUCGGGACCGCCGACGUUCUCCCGGAGAUCCUCCGUCACUCCCUCCCCAUCAAGGGAGCGGCGGUACCAGAACCAUCCUCCCUCUCGUUCUCCUCCAGAUGGCUCGUCCAUAGCUCGUCCUCCUCUUCCGCCCCUGUUCCAUCGGAUCCUCACAAUCCCCUCCGGUCUUACAUUUCUUUGCCGCAGGCCACCUUCGGACCUAAAAGAUGGCAAGUGCCACUUGAGCAACUAAACAUUUCAGCAUCUACCGCAAACGACUUGAGGCAUGAUAGAUAUUCACCUGCUGACUCAAAGAAGAUAAAGGCUGCAUUAGUGGGUUACUCACAGAUUGGAAAAGCAUUUGCUGUUGCUACAUCAAUAGUUUUUGGUGGUGCUACGAUUCUACUGGCUUAUGCAGCUAAUAGUCUACAGUUGCACAGUAUUGAUGAUAUAAAGACUAAAGGAAGAGAUCUAAUCCAGCCAGGAGCUGAUAUGGUGAAGGAGCAGAUGGGUCCAUUACGCAUUUGGGCGGAGAAAAUGUCGAGAAAAUGGCAUCGUGAAGUUGACGGUGAAGCUAAAGAGAAGACCAUCAUCAAGGAGCUCGCUAGAACUUUGGGGUCUAGAACGUCUAAUUGAUGCAUUUGGAUCAUUGUCUUGGGCGAUGUACUCUCGGACUCCGUAUGGACCGUAACAUGUAACCACCUGUGAUAUAAUGUCACCCAUGAUGUAAUCUAUAUACAAUAUUUUAUGUCGCUGCUUGUGCUUGUGAGGUAGAAUUUUGAUUAGGACAAGUUAACCUACAGUUCACGGAAAGUCGCAUUCGGAUGCAUGCUAUAGUUCACAA